AUGAAGGAGGAUGAGGAUGAUAACCAUAGAAAGCAGAUGGCCUCACAUUCUCGCCGUGUCAUGGAAGUUGUGGGUUUUCUUCCUGAGCAAAAAGUUACUACUGCCUUACGGAUGCUUGCAUAUGGAGUAUCUGUAGAUCAAGUGGAUAAGAUAAUGAGGAUGGAAAAAUCAACUGUUCUGGAGUCCCUGAUGCAGUUUUGCUCCGCAAUCAAAGCCCUCUAUAUGAAGGAGUACCUCCAUAAACAGACACUUAGGGAUUUGCAAAGGCUACUAAGGAAGGGAGCUAAAAAUGACCUAAAUGUCCUUGCCCAAUCUCCAGUCUUCGACGAAGUGCUGUCAGCUGCCAGAAUGUUUGAUGUCGAGGCACUUCGAUCCAUUAUGAUGACGUGUAUCGUUCUCCACAACAUGAUUGUGGAAGAUGAUUAUGAUUAUGAUGCCGUCGACGGAUACGAAUCGGACACAAUGAACAAAUCAAGAACGCGUAUCUAUUGUGCUCAUGACGGCACCGAAGAUCCUGUGUAA